GUAGAUAAUGAGCGGGGUAACGCCUGCUCUUAGGCUACUUAAAGGCUGCUUCUCCCAGUUCAGCUUCAAUUCCAAUCUCCGCAUUCCUCUUAAACAUUCUCAACUAUUAAACUCAGCUUCAUCUCGUCCCUACAAUCGGCUCUUUUCUACUACUUCACCCGUCAUGUCUAGGCCGGAUAUCACGUUGUACACAGCCCAGACCCCCAAUGGGAUUAAAAUCUCCAUUGCUUUAGAGGAAUUGGGCAUCCCCUACAAAGUCGAGAAGAUCGACAUCAGCAAGAACGUCCAGAAGGAGCCCUGGUUCCUCGAAAUAAACCCCAACGGCCGCAUCCCCGCCCUGACGGACACUUUUACCGACGGGCAGAAAAUCCGUCUUUUCGAGUCCGGUAGUAUCCUUACCUACCUCGCUGAGCAAUAUGAUAAAGACUACAAGAUCUCCUACCCUCGUGGCACCCGGGAGUACUACGAGACAAUCAGCUGGCUGUAUUUCCAGAACGCCGGCGUAGGACCCAUGCAAGGGCAGGCGAACCACUUCUCGCGGUACGCGCCGGAGCGCAUUGAGUACGGGGUGAACCGAUACGUAAACGAGACCCGACGCCUGUACGGCGUGCUCGAUAAGCAUUUAGCAAACUCAAAAUCGGGGUACCUUGUCGGCGAUCAUAUCACUAUCGCGGACAUCUCGCACUGGGGUUGGGUUGCUGCAGCGGGAUGGGCCGGGGUUGAUAUCGACGAAUUCCCGCAUCUUAAGGCUUGGGAGGAGAGAUUGGCUGCUAGAGAAGGCGUUGAGAAGGGAAGGCAUGUGCCUAGUCCGCAUACGAUUAAGGAUUUGUUGAAGGAUAAGAAGAAGGCAGAGGAGAUCGCGGCGCAGGGGAGGGCAUGGGUGCAGGAGGGGAUGAAGAAUGAUGCGGCGAAAUAGUUGGUGUGCCAUAUAUAUGUUUGAGUUUGGGCCUGUAUGCUGAUGUCAACCAAAUUGCAGUCAGUUGAGCUCGAAAUAUUAAGCAGAUUCUAAGAUAUUA